CCUUUUCAAAGUUUUGAGCAAGAGAGAAGAUCUGAAGACUUCGAGUCGAGUUCGACUUCAGUCAGCUGCUGCUACCCGCGUUCAGACCGGAUAGAGAGCCACUGACGAGACUUCAAAGACAAGUUGUACAGCACCCUUGUGAUUCAGACAUGACAGGUUGUCUGGUGAACUAAAAUCACAAAUCAAGCACUUCUUCAGAGGGAUCAACUGAAGCAGAACAUCUUAAACAAGUGCAGAAACUUGCAUUAAAAAGUGGUUGAAAACAGCUUCACAAAACUAGAAGUCACCACCAUCCUAAGCCGACCCAAUGGCGUGGUCAGCUCUCACCGGCCCCUGUGUGGCCCUCUUGCUGCUCUUCUUUGGUUUGACCUCCUGCACUCCCUCCGGCCCCGCCUCUUCAACCUGUGCCACUCUGGAGCAGAGCCGCUUCUUUGGCGUUUUCACCUCUUCCUCUAUCCUGCACUCCACACCUUGCUCCUGGACCCUGCAGAAUCCGGACCCUCGCCGCUACACUGUCUACAUGAAAAUCACCAAGCCUACUGAAUCCUGCGUGCCUCGCCAGAUCAGAACUUUCCAGUUCGACUCCUUCAUCGAGACGUCCCGCACCUACCUGGGCAUGGAGAGCUUCGACGAGGUUGUGAGGUUGUGCGAUGCAUCCACCACUGUGACCUACCUUGAAUCCAGCAAGCAGUUCCUGCAGAUGCGUAGAGUGGCUCCUAGGAAUGCUCUGGCAGAGAUCGUGGAGGAGCAGAGUGAUGUCAACGAGUUCAAGGCUGAAUUUCUGGUCGUGGGAAAGAGGAACCCAAGCAUGCCUGCCUGCCAGAUGCUGUGCCAGUGGUUGGAGAAGUGCCUGUCCAGCAGCACCCAUGAUUAUCCCUGCGGCAUCAUGAACACACCCUGCCAGUGCUGGGAAGCCCCAAAGAGGAAGCCAGGAAGCUGUUACAGAGGCGGAGUCUAUGUGGAGAAGUGCCUUCCUGUUCCCAAAGACAAUGGACGCGAUGCUGAGAUCAUCAAGGGUUGGGCUGGAUGGGGGCGCUGGUCUGCAUGCAGCCAGGAGUGCGGUGGUGGAGUCCAGGUGCGCAGCCGAGGCUGCCAGCCCGAGGAUAGUGUGUGCGAGGGAACAGUUGAAGAAGGACGGGCCUGCAACCCUCAGCCAUGCAUUGGGAAAGAGCGCAACAGGAGCCAAGGUCUGAGAGCUAUUGUUGGUUUGAGGAGAGACCACACAGAUGACUUGGGUGUCGUUGCAACACAAACAGUAGAUGUGAAAACAGAUGAGUGGUCCACCUGGAGUUCUUGUUCAGUCACCUGCGGAGAGGGCUGGCAGAGCCGUACCCGCAUCUGUGCUACUUCCUCCUUCACCACCCAGUGCACCGGACCUCUGCGCGAGAACCGACCCUGCAACAACACAGCCGUCUGCCCCGUUGAUGGUGCAUGGGAUGAGUGGACUCCCUGGAGCCUGUGCUCAUCCACCUGCGGUCGGGGUUAUCGGGACCGUACCCGUGUAUGCAAGCAGCCCCAGAACGGAGGAGAGCCUUGCCGCGGCCCAACGAAACAGACCAAGUUCUGCAACAUUGCCGUCUGCCCAGUGGAUGGAUCCUGGAACGAGUGGUCCGCCUGGAGUGCAUGCUCUGCUUCCUGCUCCAAUGGCACCAUGCAGAGGACGCGGGAGUGCAACGGUCCAUCAUACGGGGGCUCAGAGUGCCACGGCAGCUGGAAAGAGACAAACAACUGCUUUCUGCAAGAAUGCCCUGUUGAUGGACGCUGGCAUGCAUGGACAACCUGGGGAAGCUGCAGCAAGACUUGUGGUGGAGGCAUUCAGCAGAGACAGAGAGUGUGUGAAGGGCCCUUCUUUGGUGGAGAACCCUGCCUUGGUGAUAAGGGAGAGCAGAGGCGCUGCAAUGAGAAAAGAUGCCCAGAGCCCCAUGAGAUCUGCCCUGAGCAGAGCACUGGUGAUGUUGUGUGGAAGAAAACCCCUGCUGGAGAUGUUGCUGCCAUUGCCUGCCCUGCUGAUGCCUCAGGUUUGAUUCUGCGCCGCUGCACCCUGGACGCUGUGGGUCUUGCCUCCUGGGAGGACCCAACCCACGUCAAGUGUGUCUCCAAGAACUAUGAGAACAUUCAGACCCUGUCAAGGGACUACAUCUCCAAAGCACAGAUGGGGCAGAGCAUAGAUGGCAUCGCAGAGGUGAUUUCUCGCCUCAGAUUCUCCUCUGAUGAAGGCGCCAGGUACAGCGGCGACCUCUUGGCCGUCAUGGAAGUCCUGAAGAAUACCACCGAGGUGUACCAAGCAACCAGGCUGAGACUUAGUAGCGCAGACACCGAGAACUACGUCCAGACCAUCAGCAACCUUCUGAAGGAGGAACACCGUGACAAAUGGGAAGAGGCACAGCUGAUGGGCGACAAUAUUAAGUCGUUCCUCCGCCUCGUCGAGGACUUUGUGAACAUGAUUGGUGUGCAAAUGAGCGGCUUCCAGGACAUUUAUGAAGUCACUGAGAAUUUAGUCCUGAGCAUCCAUAAGCGCCCAACAACCACAAAUGCCAACUUCACAUUCCCUGUGAAGGGCUGGAGGGGCAUGCUGGACUGGGUCAGGACAUCAGAGGAGAAGAUCUCUGUGUCUCGAGAUGCCCUGUCCAUCGAACAAGCUGAUGGCAACGAUGCUUUUGUGACUGGCAUCAUCCUGUACAGAAAUCUUGCUUCUUUUCUAUCAUUUCAGAGUAACGCCACCCUCCUCAACUCUAAGGUUGUGUCAGUCAUCGUCUCCCCCAACCCAACCCUCCUGUCCUCCCCUGUCGAGAUUGAGUUCCCCCACCUCCACAAUGGUACCAUGAAUGAGACAUGCCUGUCAUGGGACGAGAGCGAAACUUCGUCUCUGCUCGGCUCGUGGUCUGCGCGGAGCUGCAGAGCGGUGCCCGUUCAUUCAUUCAGAACCAAAUGCGUGUGUGACAGCCUCUCCACCUUCGCCAUUUUAUCGCGCGUCAACUUCGACUCGAUCAUGGACAAGGCACUGCUCCCGUCUGUGACUCUCAUCGUUGGAUGUGGAGUCUCCUCGCUCACCCUCCUGCUCCUUAUCAUCAUUUACGUCUCUGUUUGGAAAUAUAUCCGCUCCGAGCGCUCUGUCAUCCUCAUCAACUUCUGCCUCUCCAUAAUAUGCUCCAAUGCUCUCAUUCUCGUCGGACAAACUCAGGCUCGCAACAAGGUGGUGUGCACUCUGGUUGCCGCUCUCCUGCACUUCUUUUUCCUCUCCUCUUUCUGCUGGGUGCUGACUGAAGCUUGGCAGUCGUAUAUGGCUGUCACUGGUCGUCUGCGCAACCGCAUCAUCCGCAAACGUUUCUUGUGCUUGGGCUGGGGCCUUCCUGCUCUUGUGGUGGCUGUGGCUGUUGGUUUCACAAAAGCUAAAGGAUACGGCACUGUCAACUACUGCUGGCUGUCUCUCGAGGGCGGACUCCUCUACUCCUUUGUUGGCCCUGCUGCAGCUGUUGUUCUGGUGAAUAUGGUCAUUGGUAUUCUGGUCUUCAACAAGCUGGUAUCCAAGGACGGCAUUACCGACGUGAAGCUGAAGGAGAGAGCUGGUGCGUCACUGUGGAGCUCCUGCGUGGUUCUGCCUCUUUUGGCGCUCACUUGGAUGUCCGCUGUUCUCGCUAUCACCGACCGUCGCUCCGCCCUCUUCCAGAUCCUCUUUGCUGUUUUCGACUCCCUGGAGGGCUUUAUCAUCGUCAUGGUUCACUGCAUCCUGCGUAGAGAGGUUCAAGAGGCCGUAAAGUGUAGAGUGGUAGAUCGCAAAGAUGACGGCAAUGGAGACUCUGGCAGCUCCCAUCACAAUGGCCACUCCCAGCAUAUGCCAUCUGAUAACGAGAAAGAUGGAGAUUCAAACAGACAAGGAUUGAAAAGCUCCUCUGAAGAGAAGAUGCCCCCACCUCAGCUGCCUCUUCCAAUGGGCUCCAACUUCCACACCCUCCCAUCCAACCCAAAUAAGAGCCACAUGCAGGCCGUCCCCGAGUACUCCAGCCAUACCCUCACCCUGAAGAGAGAAAAGAGCCGCAUAGCAGGAGGAGUCGACCCAUCCUGUGGGAAACCCGUGUACGUCUGCGAGAGCGAGCUCUUCCAGCAGCUUGAUGCCGAUCUCGCUCGGGCUCAGGCCGAAGCCGGUCUCUCUGACGGCAGCGGCUACGUCCUUAUGCCCAACACCACCUCCACCCUGAGGACCAAGCCCAAAGAUGACACCAGCAAGUUCAACAUCGGCGUGGAGCAGCUGCCACAGGCUCGGCUGAUGCACAUCAGCGGGCCGUUUGCCGAGCCGCAGGCCGCGUUCGGGAUGAAGGCGAUCCCUGCAGAUCAGGUCAGCGUGUCGUACUCGGAGAGAGACUCGCCCAUCCAGAACAUUCACAACAUGUCCAGCGAGUCGCACAUCACCCACAGCAGCCUGGAGAACACAUUUGAGUCCAUGAACUCCAUGAUGUCCAAGAGUGAGACCAUCUCAACACUGUCCAUGAGCUCUUUGGAGAGACAGAAAUCCCGUUAUGCAGAGUUGGACUUUGAGAAAAUAAUGCACACAAAGAAACGCCACCAGAACAUGUUCCAGGACCUGAACAGGAAGCUACACCACGCUGAAAAGGACAGAGAAUCUCCUGCUUCUGACAGCAAGUCUGUGAGAUGGAGUGUGUCAUCAGGAGGAAGUGACAAAACGAACCACAGUGACAAGCAGCAGGCUCAGAUGGAGAGGUCAUGGGAAGGAGUUCGGGGGAUCCCGCAGUCACCCCCUGCAUGGGUGCGGAAAGACCUGGAGCCCUUAGCCGCCUCGCCUCUGGAGCUGCACUCUGUGGAGUGGGAGAAGAGCAGCACUCCCAUCCCUCUAGUAGGGCAGGACAUCAUUGACCUGCAAACAGAGGUCUGAGGGGGAGGAGGGGGGCUAGAGAAGCCACCUGAUUUCACCUUAGUCACCUUUUUUGGUUUGGGAAAAAGGAUCCUGAAUGGAUAGAGGAAGAGGGAGAACCAAGAAAGUAAAGAAGUUGGUCCCAGAAUCGAUGUCUUCAAACCAUGAGCCAGAGCAGGAAGGAAAGUGAAGGUUUUGUUAGAGGGAUGUUUAAUGUAGCUUCUCUGUGUGGACUUGAGGCAUCUCAUGUCUGAGUGCUUUGACGGUCAAAGGGUUCGUGGAGCGGUCAGUGGUUUCCAUGGACCAGGGCUGGUUAAUGGUUCCAUUAACGCUUCAUCGGGAGUUUCCUGAACCCUUCAGCCCGGGUUCAGAAGAUGUGGUCGACAUGUCUGUGCUUCUUUUUUUCCCUUCGACUCAACUUUGGAGAAAAGUAAAAUAAUGUAAUAACGGUGCAUCCUCCCUGCUUUAUUGGGAGGAGCCAACCAGAACUCUUGGCUGAUUCCCUCCCAGCCAAGUUCACUUCCAGACUCUGACAAGGCAAAGGAGCAAAAAAAAAGGGACAUGCUUGGAGUCCAACACUCUGCAUUUCUGCUUUAGUGCCGUGGGUUAUUUUGAUUUUUCUGCUUUCUGCUUCAUACUUGGAUCUGCUUCAAAAAGCCUUAAAAAGAGACUCUUUAAUGAGAAUAUAACUCCUCUCCUGGAGUUCAGGCUAAAUCAUGCUGAUAGCUCUUCUCACUGCUAUUAUCAACCUGGUUAUUAUUAAUCUGAUGAUUAUUAUUGUUAUUGUCAUUCUAGAUUUAUUUUGAUUUUUUUCAUUUCCCACAUAAGUAUCACAAAUGGCACAGGAUAAGUUAUUUAUUUACAGUAAACUACAACAUUAGGCUCCAAAGUAAAGACUUAGUGCAUCUGUAAUGUGUUGCGAUGGACUGCAUCGGGACAAACAUGGAGCGUGAUGAUGGGGGUGAUUGUUCCUCUUUGAUACCAAAACACCAGCACCAAGAAAACACAGACUCUCACAAGGGAAGAGCAGUGCACUCUGGGUUAAAAAAGGAAAAGCUGGGUUGGAAAUGCAGAGAAUGUGCGCCUCCUCUCAGCUGGCACAAGAUGCAGGCUCUUCCAUGUCGUACAUGUGGAUUCAAGGGGUUCAGAGAGACCUUCUCAUCACCGCCCUUAUGUUUUCGCUCAGCCUUGCAGGACUCUUGGACCGAGCAGAGGCUUCCUGGCGCCAAUGUGACUUCCAGUGCGGUGCCAGGUCCUCGAGACUUCAACACAUUUGUGUUUCAGCCAUCAGUGUGAAAUAGUGCAAUAUGAUGGGCGCUUGAUGCUCAAGCAAGACUGAUAUUAUGAUUUUGGCAGUAUUUUUUCUUACCAAUGUUUCCAAACUUUUGUAACAUCUUCCUCAUAUUUACAGAGCAUAUAGAUGCUUUAUGGGUCUAUUAUAUGACAAAUCUGUAUUAGUAAUUCAAGGAAUUUAUUCACUAGAGAUUUGUUAGCACAGGACUCCAUAUUUGGAGCUCUAAGUGACAGGUAGAUUAUCGUACUUCUAUCGAGCGAGCAUUAUAUAGAGUGAAUGGUAUCUCUAAACUGUGCUUCAGGAUAUUUGUGGUUACCCUCCGCUAUGUAGCGAGGGGUAAUCGAACCUCAUGUCUUCUGUAACGGUGUUUUUGAUAACCUUGUCAGUAACUCAGUAGUAUGUACCAGCCAACCCCCCUUCCCUUCAGAUUCCUGCGUCCAGCCCAAUUCAUACCUCGAGUUACUCGUAUCAAAGACCCAUUUGUAUUCUCUUGUCACAGCUUUGUUUUUAUUGUUCUGUUUUACCUCCUGUAAAUGUACAGUUUUCACAGCACAAAAUGAAUGUGACUAUUUCUAA